AUGGUAAGUUAUCUUGUUAUUUUUUUAAUUGUUUUAGGCAUUUAUAGUGGUCAGAAUAAGGUUCUUAUGUUUUCCAAGGCUCUUGACGUUUCCAAACGCGGUCAAGAUACUUUUAGAGGCUAAAGUGACGUUGUUUUACCUUUUUAAAACAUCAAUUCUUACAGGCACGUCGCUAUGAUUCUCGUACAACAAUUUUCUCGCCGGAAGGUCGAUUAUAUCAAGUGGAAUAUGCGAUGGAAGCCAUUAGUCACGCUGGUACCUGUCUUGGUAUUUUAGCUUCUGAUGGGAUUCUGAUUGCUGCCGAAAAGAGAGAUGUCCACAAGCUGUUGGACGACGAUGUUCUGGACGACAAGAUCUAUCGUAUCUCGGAGAACAUUGCUUGCACUGUAGCUGGUAUUACUGCCGAUGCUAACAUCUUGAUCAACCGUCUCCGUUACUGUGCAGCUGACUACAAGUUCAACUAUGGAGAGCCGAUUCCUUGUGAAGAGCUGGUUCAGUCUUUGUGCAAUGAGAAGCAGCGUUACACUCAGAUUGGAGGUAAGAAUUUUGUUUUUCAUAUAUUUUGUUAUUUUAGGUAAUAGAAUAAUUAGUAUUGGCUGUGUAACACAAGAUUUUAAGUGACUCUUUUUUAUUUUGGAUAUAAAUGGUGUUGCUUUGUAUUUCAAUAAAUUAUCGCUUUUAGGUAAGAGGCCCUUUGGUGUGAGUUUGUUGUACGUCGGAUGGGAUCAGCACUAUGGCUUCCAACUGUACCAGUCUGAUCCAAGUGGUAACUACACUGGCUGGAAAGCCACGUGCAUUGGAAAUAACCAUCAAGCUGCCGUAUCUCUCUUCAAACAAGAAUAUAAGUCGCCGAACCUUGAGGAAGCAACCAAACUGGCCAUGAAAGUGUUAUCUAAAACAUUGGACGUGAAGUUAUCGCCCGACAAGGUGGAGAUGGCUACGCUAACACGAAAGGACGGCAAGACAGUGAUCAGUGAGUUGAGCACUGAAGAAGUCAGCCGGCUAAUUAAAGAGCACGAAGAACGUGAGAAGGAAUCCGAAUCCAGCUCGACUCAAUCCUAA